AUGAAGGCGGUCCAAGAAGAUGAGGAGCUUCUGUGUAUUGUAUGGGCCAAGACUGGGGAUGUAAGUGGCCACACCAUUCUCAGAUAUGGCAGCACACAUAGUUAUAUUGCCCCCUCUCUGGCCUGGGACAUCCACUGUGGCCCGGUGAGCAAUAAUAUUACGGCCACGUCUUCAGCCCUUGGCCAGGUUGAAGCCAGCUUCAUCCACAAACACAAGGAUUCAGACACUGAAUCUCUUAGAUGUUUACAUCAUGUUCUCUGUUUCUGUUCUGUUUUAGUGCUGAUUUUACUUCUUCCAGCGCCACAUGCUGAAGAGACACCACGCCCAGUACUGAGUGUAUCUCCACAGAGCUGGGUGACUGAAGGAGACUCAGUGACUCUAAUCUGUGAGGUUAAAAACUCCUCUACAGACUGGACAUUCAGCUGGUACAGAGAGGUUCCAUACAGAGAGAAUAAUGUUAACACCACAUAUAAAGACAGCAGUAGAGGAUUUCGAGGCUCCUACACUUUCAGUCCUGCUGCUCUUAAACAAACAGGAGUUUAUACGUGCAAGGCGGAGAGACACGGACAGACGAUUCACAGCAAUUCACAGGCACUAUGGAUCACUGGUGAAUCUCCUCCAGUCUCUAUGAUCAUCAAUCCCAGCAGAACUCAACACUUUACUUAUGACUCUCUCUCACUGAGCUGUGAGGACCAGAGUCACUCUACUGGAUGGACAGUGAGACGAUACACAGACAGCGGAGGAGUUACAGAUUGUUUAGGGUUGGGAUCAGUUACAGGAUCUACAUGUACUAUCAGCUCUAUUAAAAAACCCUACACUGGAGUUUACUGGUGUGAGUCUGAAUCUGGAGAAACCAGUAAUCCUGUCAACAUCACAGUGGAUGAUCGUUAUGUGCUCCUGGAGAGUCCUGUCCAUCCUGUGACUGAGGAAUAUCCUCUGACUCUACGCUGUUUGGAUCGCUAUACAAAGUCCUCAACUCUCGAAGCUGAUUUCUAUAAGGAUGGAUCAGUUCUCCAGACACAGACUACAGGAGAGAUGAUCAUCCAUAAGGUCUCAAAAACAGAUGAAGGUUUUUACCACUGUAAAUAUCCAGUGAGAGGAGAGUCACUGAAAAGCUGGGUCUCAGUCAGACGUAAGAAAUCAGGUAAAGCUCCAUUCUCAGUGCUCAUGCUAAUCUGUAGUGUAGUGACGCCUGUUCCGUAUCUGCUGGUGACCAUCAUUCUCCUGAUCAAAUGUUACAGAGCUCGAGCGCAAACUGAUAAAAAGAGAAUUGAGAAUGCAGUUGUGGAGGAGUGAGCAGAGUCUCUGUAUAAGAAGAGGAUGCUGUGGUGUUUUCUUUAAGGAUAAUUGAGAUCUUAUAUGUUGUUAUUAUUAUUAUUAUGUACAAAUCCUUAUUCAUCGCUGAUAAAGCAAUUGGCAAACUUGAUGGGUUUAAAAAAAAAGACCGAAGAGACGUCUCUGCCUAAAAUGUAUUUCGCCAGCAAAACAUAAAAAUAAAUAGAAACAUAAACAUAA